CAAGCUGCUGUUAUUAUUUGGUCGAGAGCAGCGCUUAUAUUUAUUUGGUUUUUUCCCAUUCUAUUUAUCUCUGGAACAAAUGGCGCAAUUGAGAUCUGUGCGAAGGUCGGCAGCUCAAAAAUUGAUUCCAGCUAUGAAGAAAUCCUUUCAAUUCUUACAAAAUUUCAACAACAGCUUGAAAUUGCCAACUCAAGGUCCAACCCAACAGAAUCGAUUUACUUUGAUUAUUUUCACUUCUAUUUGUCCCAUCCUGCUAUAACUUUAGAUGCAGAUAUAACGAAUGGAACGCUAACGAUAAAGCAACCAAAAAUAAUUAAUCAAUUUAGAAUUUUACCAAAUUUAUCUUUUGAAUUAUUUAACUUGACGUUUCCAGAGAUUUUUAUUGAUGGAACAUAUAAUAUGUCUAAGAGCUAUGUUGGAAAACAUGAACUUUUUGAUGUUUAUGGCGCAGGACAUUUUAACUUUAAUCUAACAAACUUCUCUGUGUCUGCUGUAACAGGGCCAAUAGUAGAUAAAUCUAAGUUAUGCAUUUCUUUUGAAGUAAAUGUUUUUGUAGGAGGAUAUCACGGAUAUUUUGACAAUUUAAUGAAUAAUGAUCCUGAUCUUUGUCCACUCAUUAAUGAUACAUUUAACGAUAUUAUGCGAGAAACGCUUACGAUAAUUUUUAAAGAAUACGUUGCCGAAGCAGAGGAGUUCAUUCAAAAGCUUAUAGAUUUUAUCAUGGGACUAGGUUCUUUAGGAACACAGCAAUCGUCACUUUCUGGUUACAUCCUUUCUAUAGCCACAGACUUUUUAAAUCCAAAUACAUCACCAUAGGAUUUAUGAUUUAUGCUAAAUAAGUUAUUAAGAAAUGAGGUUUAUGUUUUAAUAAUUAUAUUUAAGAGUUUAUAGAAAUAAUAGAGCCGAAUAUAUAAACUUAACCAAUUUA